AUGGUCACCGUCGCCACACUGGACCUGCGUCCCUUUUUCAUUUCAAAAAAUGUGCAUCUAGACACCAAAAUGUCAUCGUCUAAGAAGCUUGUGACUCUCGUAUCAUCAGAGGGCGUUUCCUGUUCGGUGAACAGGGACGUUAUCUGCAUGAGUAACGUCAUCAAGAAUAUUCUCAGCGAAAUUGAUGACGAGAGCGAGCCGAUUCCGCUGCCAAACAUCAAGACACGGGUUUUGAACAAAAUUAUCGAAUAUUGCAAGUAUCAUUACAACAAUCCACCAUCUCAGAUCCCACAGCCGCUUAAAUCUGCCCAGCUGAACGAGGUUGUCUCACAGUGGGACUACGAGUUUGUUAACGUGGACAAGGAGUUUCUCUUUGAGCUCAUUUUGGCUGAAAACUUUUUGGACAUUAAACCCUUGCUGGAACUCACAUGCGCAAAAGUCGCAUCGAUGAUUAAAGGAAAGACUCCGGAACAAAUUCGCAGGGAAUUUGAUAUCAUCAAUGACUUUACCCCCGAAGAAGAAGCAAAGGUGAGUUGA